ACUGCACUCGGCAGCACAGGAUCAGGCUUUGCUUUCUUGGUUGAUUGAAACUCCAAACUUCGAGGUAAUGCAAUGGUGCCCGAAGACCUGAAAGCCAUGAAACCAGCACAAAGAGCCAUCAGGAAAAUUAAAACAGCAAGUCUGGUUUCAAGCUUAACCAAAGGCUGGCAACAGUGGGCAUCAGAGCAUUCAACGAAACAAGCCCAAGAACCUUCUGGAUGGGUUCCAGAAGCUACGGAAGACCUUCAGGAAAGUCUAAAACCAUUAAAAUCAGAGCUCAAGGGCAAGCCUCUGAUACUCUCUAAAACCAAGAUAGAGGACUUUAAUGGCUCUACCAAUGCAGAUGAUGGAGAAACACAAAUCAAAACGAAAACGGUGACCAAAACCUUUUUAACCAAAGCCCAAGAAAAAGGAAUGGAUAUUGGCGCCUUGACUGAAAGAUACGAAAAAGAUCCUAGUUCCCAAAUACAAAAUACAUAUAAUGUGAUGGUCGACAAAAUAUUACAAGGCUCAGUCUCUCCGACGAGGAGAAGGAAGUGUUCAAACCUUGUCUCGCAGCUCACAAAAGAAUGGAAACAGAUGGAAAAAGAUGGAGAAGAUGUUUCUGAACUACCAAGCCCCUUUGAAGAACCUAUAUGCCAAAACGGGGGCUUAGAGGAGACUGAACAAGUAAAAAUGGUGGGAAAUGAAAAGUUGGUAACAGGAAAGAAUAAAGACCAUAGUAUGGAACAGAAUGAAGAUGCUGCAAGAAUCAAGCGAUCCUCUUGUUCACUAAGUAAUAAAGCAGUAGCUGAACUUCACAGCAUCAAUAAAGCCUACAAGAAAUAUAGCCCUGUAAAUAACAUAAAAGGAAAAUGGGAAAAAUGGUCAGAUCAACACACGCUGAGUCAAAAACUAAAUCCAUUCAGUGAUGAGUUUGACCAUGAAUUUGCAAUGUCCACCCGACUUCAGAAGGGCGAUGAUGGUUAUGGACGCCCAAAAGAUGGAACAAAGACAGCGGAGCGUGCAAAGAGGGCAGAGGAACAUAUUCACCGUGAGAUGAGGGAUCUAUGCUUCAUCAUUGGGACAAUGGCUAAACCCGGGAAGGAUGGAAGAGUUCGGGUAACUUUUGGAGAACUUUUUGACAGAUAUGUCCGAAUUUCUGAUAAAGUGGUUGGAAUCUUGAUUAGGGCCAGAAAACACAACAUGCUGGAUUUUCCAGGAGAGAUGCUAUGGCAAGGAAGAGAUGAUCAUGUAAUAAUUACUCUACUGUGACAAGAAUAACUUAGCAUAUUUUAUUUUAUGUUUGUACAGUUUGGACUUAAGAGAAAACUCUUAUUUUUGUGAAUACACUGGAACUAGUUGUGACGUCAGCAUGUCAUUUUUCUGACACUUUUUGACUUUUAUGGACGUUUUACAAAAAAAAAAAAACACUAAUGUCUUAACCUCUUUGGAUGUAUUCAAAGGCAAGUUCUGUGGACCUGACAAGUAUAUGUAUUUCGAUUAAAUUAAAUAGUUAUUUUUAGUGAUCUGGCUUCCACCAAAGUAUAUGGUUUGCACUAAAUGUUGCUUGUAUUUGGUUCUCUGAGCCCUGAUUUAUUACACAGGCUGCAGUAUUUGAGCAGCACGUAAAAGUAGAGUCAGGGACAGAAUGUUUCCUUGAGCUACCGACGGUCAGUUUGUAUACUUAGCCAACCUAGAAAUCAUCUUGGCAAACGUAAAAGUAUUUAAUCUUUCGUGCAAGGACGCCUCUCACAUGCUUCAUUUUAUACAGUGCUGUGAAAAAGUAUUUCCCCCUUCGCGAUUUCUUCUAUUUUUGCUUAUUUGUCACAUUUUAAUGUUUCAGAUCGCUCAACUGAUUUUAAUAUGACAGAGAAUGUGAAUAAACAUAAAAUGAU